UCCGCUUGGCUAAACUAACUCAAAAACUCAUUUAAAAAAGUAGAAUAAAACAAGAAGACGUUUAAACGAGUGACAGUGGACAGUGGUUUCUAAACGGUGUCACCGAAAGUUAACACUGGCUCUGCGUUUUGGAGGAUUUACAGCUCGUUUUGUUGACUUUAGUUGACUUGAAUUGAGAAAGCUAACAAGCUAACCUUGCAUUAGCCGGUCGGUUAGCUAAAGCUGUCAUGUCGGAGAGGAGAGAAAAUGAAGAGCAGGAGGUGAAAGAAGAUGAAGAAGAGGAGGAAGAAACGGACACAAAUGUUGAACCGGGAGGAAUUACUGUAGAGCAGCCGGCAGAGGACGACAGAGAGCCGGGGAGGAGAGGAGAGGAGGAGCAGGAAGACAGGACGACGCCAGAUGUGCUGGAGACUGUAGAGGAAGCUGAAACUCAGGCGGAUCUGUCCCAUGAUGCCGAGCAGCUCGGAGAGCCUCAGAGAACAGAACAUGUUGGAAACUCCACGGCGACAGUGAAGGUGGUGCUGGUGCCGGAGGGUCAUGUGAUGACGGUGGCCUUCGCCAUCGGCCUCAGCAUCGCCCAGCUGAAGCUCCACCUCGCCAACGAGCUCCGAGUUCCUGCUGAUGUGCUGCACAUCUUUCUGGACGGCAGAGCGGUGGAGGAUCAGCAGAGCCUGAUGGAGCUCGGCGUCCGGCCCAACGGCUCCACCCGGAUGGAGAUGAGCUCCAUCGACCCCGACUCACACCCUCUGCGCCCCCUCCGCCCCCCCGAGCAGGACAACAUGCCGGACGUCAUCACCGUCAGAGUGCAAACAGAGGAGAACAUGUUCCGGGAGGUGGUGGUGGAGAUCGAGCGUCCUCCCCAGCAGAAGGCCUUCCUGGGCGGGUUCAAACACCGGCUGACGGGGGCGCAGUACCACCAUGCCGCCGUGCAGACCCUCCCCAAGAGGAGAGCCGACAGAGGGGUGGUGCUCUUCAGCCGCAACACACAGACAGUGGAGCUGCAGUCUGAAGCGCAGCAGUGUCCGCUCGACGCCUCCACCCAGAUGACGGGGAUUGGCUGCUACGUCUCCUGCAUGGACGACAAGCUGGUCGCCCCCGGCAACUACAUCACAGCUGACCAGUACCACGAAGAGAGGCUGAGAGCUGUGGUGGUCCUCCAGACGUUUGCCCGGCGCUGGCUGGCCCUAAAGGAGGUGCAGCGUCUGAGGAGGGACCGGGACCGGAGGCUGGUCUGGCUGGAGCUGCAGGAGAGGAAGAGGAGGGAGGAGAAGGAGGAGCAGCUGAAGGACCGGAGGAGGCGCUGGGUCAACCCGCAGAGGAGGGAGGACUUCAACCUGCUCUACCACGCUCUGGAGAAGUGGCGCAGUGAGGAGGAGCAGCAGAUCAACUCGUCCCUGAGCGGAGCGGAGAGGAAGGCGGCGCUCUGCUUUCUGCUGGAGACGGAGACGCAGCUCAUCGCCGCCAUCGGACACCAUCGCAUCGCCGUCCAGAACAACAACUACGACAAGGUGGUCAGGAACCUGCUGGACAAGUCGGCGGCUCCUCAUCAGUGGAGAGCAGCGGACGGCCGUCUGAUCGAGAUGGACAGUGAACACACCGUCAGAGCCGGGGAGCUGAGAGACCUUUACAACAACCUGAACUCUGAGAGCCAGGAGGAGAGACUGGAGCACCUGCUGACACUCAGACACACCGUCAAGGAGCACGAGUGCCAGCUGACCCGGGACAUCGUGGAUUUGAUUGACAGGGAGGCGGACCUGAUGACUCGGCAGGUUAAAGUAGCCAGUCUGCAGGGUCUGAGGAAGAGGAUCUCCACUCUGUUCCUGCAGUUCAUCAAAACUCCAGCGUUUAACCCCGAGGUGGCCAAACACCUGAAGGUUCCCCAGAACCCGUCUCAGCUGAAGAACGACAUGUUCCAGUGCCGCGGCUGCCAGCGCUACCUCCAGUCCUCUGACUUCAGCCCGACGGCCGGGGCGCGUCUGAGCGGACGCUGCCGGGACUGCACCGGCCUCGACAACAUCGCCCGAUCCCGAGACGACUUCUCCUGCUACCGGAACAUCCUGAAGAGGCUGAGGAGCGACGAGAUGCGGCUCAACCAGGACGCCAAGAUCCCCUUCCUGCUGCAGGUGGAGGACGUGCGGUACCUGGUGGAGGUGCUGUGGGCGUCGCGCUCCGCCCUCCACAGCAGCAGCGACCUCUACAGCCUGGUGUUUGUGCGCUGGGAGAAGAGGAGGGUCUGGAGCCCCUGGAACUGCAUCCUGCUGUCCAAAGAGGAGACGUCCGCGCACCUGGAGGUGGACGACGUGCACAAGGCGUACGAGGUGACGUUCCUCCGCAGGGUCGAUCACAAACACAUGUUGGCUCGCCGGCACUUCAGCAGCGUCCCCGUCAUGGCGGAGCACCUGGAGCCGACCGCCGCGCUUGGCAACCAGCUCGUCUCCAAGCCCGUCACCAUGGCGACAGGCAAGCCCACAGUCCACACCCCAGCGGGUUCAGUUCAUUAAGAAACCCCCCCAAU